UUUGACAUGAGCAAUAUCUUCCUCGCACGGAUCAGAAAUCUUCACGUCCAUUCGGAUCCCUGAAUGAAUGGCAAAUGGAGAGAGAGGUUCGGGACGCACAGUGUGGUUUUUAUUGGGAAGCUUAAAAUUUCAAACGUGGUCGGCUCUUUUAGUCUUCCUGAGCAAGAAACAACUACAAAGAAUUUUAAGAGUGUUUACUAAAAAUAUCAAGCAACAUAGUGCUCAUCCUCAUUUCCAUUACGCACAGGGGAGCGCUCACAUGUCCUACCGGACACGCUCUCUUCUCAGUAUGGGGCAACGCGGGGCAGCAGCAACGGUGACUGACGAUGAGGAGCGCCGUGAAACCACAGCCUUCAGCAACUCCAGCACCUUGCAACUCCCACGCUUUACUUCCUCGCUGCGCGUAAAGCGCGUUAGUGUCCAAAUGCUCGUGCCAUGGCUCGCGGGACAUCCGAGGACUUUAAUGAUGGAGGAGCGCGUCUUCCUGUCCAAUAAAGUUGAAUAGCCUUUCCCGCAAAGACAUUUAGAUCUUUUCUCCUUCUUUUUUAAAAUUAUUAAAAUUAUUUAAAUAUUUCUUUAUACCUUGAACAUUGGAGAAGCGCUGCUCAUCAUGGGCGCUGCAUCCUGAGGGGAGAUGGAUGUGGAGGUGAGGGAUGCGAACGCCUCGGACUGCCCGCGGAAUGAGAGCGGCUGCGAACUGAACGCUUCCUCCGGCGGAGUGUCCACUGCGCUGGCCAGCGUGCUGAUCUUCACCAUCGUGGUGGACAUCCUGGGAAACGUGCUGGUCAUCCUCUCCGUGUACAGGAACAAGAAGCUCAGGAAUGCAGGCAACAUCUUUGUGGUGAGCUUGUCCGUAGCGGACCUGGUGGUGGCGCUGUACCCGUACCCUCUUGUGCUGACAGCAAUCUUCCACAAUGACUGGACCAUGGGAGACCUGCACUGUCAGGCCAGUGGCUUCAUCAUGGGCCUAAGCGUUAUAGGCUCCAUAUUCAACAUCACGGCCAUAGCCAUCAAUCGUUACUGCUACAUCUGCCACAGCCUCCACUACGACCGCCUGUAUAGCCUGAGGAACACCUGCUGCUACCUGGGCCUCACUUGGUUGCUCACCGCCAUCGCCACCGUGCCCAACUUCUUUGUCGGCUCUCUGCAGUAUGACCCCCGCGUCUACUCCUGCACCUUCGCUCAGACUGUCAGCUCGUACUACACCAUCUCAGUGGUGGUCAUCCACUUUCUGAUCCCACUCCUGGUGGUGUCCUAUUGCUACAUGAGGAUAUGGGUUCUGGUGAUUCAAGUGAAACACCGGGUGAAACCAGAACAAAGGACGAGACUGAAACCCAGCGAUGUGAGGAACUUCCUGACUAUGUUUAUGGUGUUUGUGUUGUUUGCUGUGUGCUGGGCUCCACUGAACUUUAUAGGCCUGGCUGUAGCUAUAAACCCUGCAAAAGUGGCGCCCAACAUACCUGAGUGGCUCUUUGUCACAAGUUACUUCAUGGCAUACUUCAACAGCUGCCUCAACGCCGUCAUCUAUGGACUACUAAACCAAAACUUCCGUAAGGAGUACAAGACGAUCCUCCUUGCCCUUUGCAUCCCACGUUUGCUCCUCAUGGAAACAUCCAGAUGUGCCACCGAGGGCCUAAAGAAUAGGCGUCAUCUGCCGUGGUGCCUGCAGACCUCACCAUCAUCUCCUCAGCAGGUCAGUCUACAACUCUCAUCUCUGCUUGCCCACCCUCCGGCACGACGCCCAGGCAGCAAUACAGAAACCUAAAGAAACACAACUGCGCCUUUGCUUCAGUAUGCUCUAGUUCUGUCACCCAGAGUCAUCCAGCGCCGCGCUCCUGAAUCUGAAACAGGACAAUAUUUACACCAAGUGCUUAAACUUGUCUUAUCUCGGACGUUCUCUAACUCGACUCUCCUUUCUGCAAGAAACGUCCGGAGAACAAUCACCUUUCCUCUGUUUUUUAUUCAAAAAUAAAUUCCUUCAACUUUUUUUU